AUGAUGCAACCAUAGUCCUACCCAUCUAAAAUUGCAACUAAAAGGCCACAACUACUACUACCGAUUGAUUUACAUUUUUCUAUCUGAUUGUGGUUUAGUUUUAGUUGCCGGCGAGUGGCGAUGGACAAGCUGAACCAUGCGUUCGAGAGGGUUAAGAUUUUCGCGGGAAUGGAGGUGGACGAGGAACAACUCGUCGAUAGUAAUUCAUCGUUCAUCGACGAUUUUAAUCGUCAAUGUGCAUUAUCCACAAAACAGAGAUUAUAUGGUUUUGCGACGUGCUUUGUUGCUGGUUUAGCAUGUACGCUCCUGUCAAUGCUUGUCUUCUUCAAUCCAGUCAAGUUUGGGAUAACAUUCACCUUUGGCAAUGUGCUUUCACUUGGGAGCACAGCCUUCCUUAUUGGCCCCAAACGGCAAGUGACAAUGAUGCUUGAUCCCGUUCGUAUUUACGCAACAGCCAUAUACCUUGCAAGUAUCAUUAUUGCAUUAUUUUGUGCUCUUUAUGUCCAUAACAAGUUCUUGACACUUUUCGCAAUCAUGUUAGAGUUUGGUGCACUUGUGUGGUAUAGCUUGAGCUACAUUCCAUUUGCCCGAUCCAUGGUCUCAAAAGUCAUGGUAGCUUGCUUCGAUACUGAAUGGUGAGAGACUGGUUGCAGACCUAUCCCAGUAUACAUGAGGUUUUAUUGUGGAGUUCUCUGAGCUCAAAGAUUAGACGCCGUACUGUUGUGCCUUUACACAGGAUAUGUAAACCUUUAAAUUCCUACCAAUAUGUGAAAACAAUUGAGAGCGGAGUGGGGCUGUGCUCUCAAUUUCUAAUGUUCCUUUUUCUUUCUUGGUGGGUCGUAAGUUGGCAUUGCUGUUUUGUAAUCAUUAACUUCCCUGAGU